GAUGUUUUAGAGAGGUGAAAGGUUAACACAAUCAUCUUUGUCAGUUUUGCAAUACCGACACGUGAAUUCUGCGAUAUUGUCCGAUUUUAGGCAGGUCUGAGAAUGGGCAAGCGUAAGGGAAACACCGGGCUUGGUCGGAGUAUCAUACGGGACCGGUUCGGAAGCCGUGGCGGUGGCAGUAGUCGGCACGGAGAGUCUUACUUGCACACCAGUGAGUUGUCUGAUGGGUAUGACUGGGGCAGGCUGAACCUACAGUCUGUGACAGAGCAGAGUUCGCUGGAUGACUUCCUCGCAACCGCCGAACUAGCAGGGACGGAGUUUGAAGCAGAGAAACUGAACAUCAAGUUUGUGAACCCUGAUGUUAAUGUGGGUCUGCUGACUGAAGAAGAGGAGAAGGAGGUACAGAAAGCACAGGAGGACAACAGACAGUACAUCAGCAUCCCCAGAAGACCUGGUUGGGAUGAGACAACAUCAGCUGAUGAGCUACAGAGGAUGGAGAGAGACAGUUUCCUGGAGUGGAGGAGACAGCUGGCCAGGCUGCAAGAAAAGGAGCACAUCAUCCUAACUCCAUUUGAGAAGAACCUUGAGUUUUGGAGACAGCUAUGGAGGGUCAUCGAGAGAAGUGACAUCAUUGUUCAGAUUGUGGAUGGCAGGAACCCACUGCUGUUCAGGUGUCAGGAUCUGGAGAAAUAUGUGAAGGAGAUAGAUGAAGACAAGAUGAACAUGGUGUUAGUGAACAAGGCUGACCUGCUGACAGAAGCACAGCGCCAGGCCUGGUCUGAUUACUUCGGCAGCAGAGGGGUCAAGGUCGCCUUCUGGUCAGCCAUGGAGGAGACAGACAGACAAGGGGCAAAGGAUUUAGAAGAUGUCAUGGAAGAGCCAAAAGAACCAGAAGAAGAGCCAGAGGAAGACAAUAUGGAGGAGGAAGGAGUGGAGGAACCUCAGGAAGAAGACUUGGCAUCUUCUGAGAGACAUCAGGAAUCAGAGGAUCAAAGCAGGACUUCACCAAGUGAAACAGAACUUGUACAGGAACUUCAAGAUGUGCAAGUUAUGGACACUGAGAGUCCAGUUGUUGUAGGAGUAGAUCAGACUGCUUCAAAUGACCCUCAGCCAAUCAGAGACAGCAGAGAAGAGGAGGUUGCCAGGCAACAAGAUGAGGAUGAGGAUAGGCAAGCAACAGAUUCUACAGCAGACCAUAAUGCAAUGCCUGACUGCUCUGUAGCACAACAUAGUGAUGGUAACAUAGAGGCAACACAAAGUGAAGAUCAGAUAGCACAGGAGACAGAAGGUAUGGACUCAUCAGUUCACAGAGCUACAGCAUCAAGUGAACAGCAGAGUAGCAACAGAACUGUUGAACACACAGUACAGAACAGCAGUGUUCUGCUGACGGGAGAGGAGCUGUUACAGCUGUUCAAGGAUCUGAGUCCACAGGAGACUCACGAAGAAGGGGUUACUACUGUGGGAUUGGUUGGGUACCCCAAUGUUGGUAAGAGCUCCACCAUCAAUGCCCUGCUGAAGUGUAAGAAGGUUCCUGUGUCUGCCACACCAGGGAGAACCAAACACUUCCAGACCCUGUACGUGGAUGAGACCCUGCUGCUGUGUGACUGCCCAGGUCUGGUCAUGCCCACUUUCGUGUCCACCAAGGCAGAGAUGGUGGUGAGCGGAAUACUGCCCAUCGACCAGAUGCGAGACCACCUGCCUCCUACCAGCCUCGUGUGCCGUCACAUUCCCCGCCAUGUGUUGGAGCGUACGUACGGAGUCAACCUGCCUGCACCAGGGGAGGGGGAGGACCCAGACAGACUACCUACAGCUAACGAACUUCUUAAUGCUUAUGGAGCCAUGAGAGGUUUUAUGACUGCCCAUGGACAGCCUGACACACCCCGGUCUGCCCGCUACAUACUCAAGGACUAUGUUAAUGGAAAACUCCUGUACUGCCACCCUCCCCCUGGAGUUGACCCUGAGGAGUUUCAGAGCUGGAAUAACCAGCCAACAGGGACAACAAGCAUGGAUGGACACAAACACAACACAAAGGAGAGGACCAAAGGUCAUCAGCCGGCAUCAAUGAGCAAAGUGGACAAGGAGUUCUUUAGCAAGCACAAUGUGCGUGCAAUCACAAAAGGUGUUCAGGUCGCCCAGGCAAGCAACCAGUCAACCAAUCAGCAGUCUCUUUCUGGAAAGCCAUGGAAAAAACAUUUCAACAAGAACAAGAAGGAAAAAGCAAGAAGGGUCUUCAAGCACCUGGAUGAAUAGCUGAUGAGACAGUGCUUCUAAUAUACAGUACUGUCUUCAGCAUCUGUUCGAACUCUCAUCAUUAUAUGUUUCAUGUUAUCAAAUUUUACUGUGUAUACACAAUGUCAUGUACACAAUGGCCUGUGUAGUGCUGUACAUUACUAGUAUGUACAUUCAAGUACAUAUGUGCAUUAAAUGUAAGUCAUUGAAUUAACUCUCUGGAGUAACACAGAUUCAGCCUUUGAUAGAAAGAAGUCAAUGUUGAGAAAAAGCUAGUUCUCAUCAUCCAUGGCACUGUAAAAAUUGUAUCAUAUAUGCUGCCUUAUUAAUUUACACAAUGAAUAUCAUACGUGGUGGUUGGAUAAUUUCCAAUUUUGUAUCUUGGGAUGAGAUUUAAGAUAAUUGGGUGAUUUUGCUGCUCUGCAGUCAACUAAUAAAACUGUUCAAUGCCCACAAUGAUCCUGACCUUAUGACUUGUGAUGUGACUUUUGAAUAAUUGCUGACACCACAUGCCCAAGUCACAUAGUAUGUACAUGUAAUUGCCAAUUAUCUUGUGGUCAGAUAUUAUCUUUGCUGCCAAAUCACAGUUGAGUCUUUUUACUUAUGAUUAGUUCACUUUAAUAGAUAUUCUGGGCAGCGCUUGGAGAGUCUCUCUGUAACAUUACAGUCACAGUGUGCCCUUUGUCAUAAAUUCUACUGUUGGUAUUCAAAAAUGAAUACUAAGUACCCUUUGAUGUGAAGGGAAAUCAGAGAAAUUAUUAAUACAAU